AUGGCCAAGAGAACUAAGAAGGUCGGAAUCGUCGGAAAGUACGGAACCCGUUAUGGAGCUUCCCUGCGUAAGACGGCCAAGAAGAUCGAGGUCGCACAGCACUCUCGCUACACCUGCUCGUUCUGCGGAAAGGAGGCCAUGAAGAGAAAGGCCACCGGAAUCUGGAACUGCGCCAAGUGCCACAAGGUCGUCGCCGGAGGAGCCUACGUCUACGGAACCGUCACCGCCGCCACCGUCAGAUCGACCAUCAGAAGACUGAGAGAUCUUAAGGAAUAA